UUACAAGUAUUUUCUACAGAGCAGUGGUUUAAAUAAAAUUUAGUUAAUACAUACUAAAUUAAAUCAUGUUUAUAUUGUUUUUAAAAGAAAAUAGUAUUAUUAUUGGGGUAGUAGUAAUGUUUAUUUUGUGGUUAGUUCUUUUCAAAAGGAUUGCCUGUUUUUUUGAGAAAUGUAUUUCAAUGUAUUCAUCACACAAGUUUAAGUUACCAGAAAUAAAUGUUUUAUUACACUCAUUGACUAGUGGAGUCUUUUGUUUUAUCAGUGUCCCAAUAUGUUUUUCAACGUUUAAACCUUCUUCAUCAUCAAAUUCGUCCUUAAUGUACUGGUUAUUGGAUUCAUUUCGCCAUAUGAUGGAUCAUUGUGCAGUUACAGAAUCUGUGGAUCCAUCAAGAAAUUUUAAGUUUAUCAUACUCUAUUCAUGUUUAUUACACAGCGUCUAUACAUCAUUUACAAACAAUUUUGAUGAAAGACCAUUAUUAAGCACUUUAAAGAAAGGAGCUGUACUUAGUUUUUUUGCUUCUACUUACUGUUUUGGCUGUAUGGAAGCAGGUUUUGUAUUCCUUGGACUGUCUAAUUUAUCGCUUGGAACAUUAGAGGCUGCUAGACUUUUGAAAGUUUGUCAUAACAAAACAAAUAGUUUGGUAAUCAAAAUAUUAAGCUUUGGACAGUUUGUUGUACAUUGUGUUAUUUGGAUAUCAAUUUAUUUAUUCUUGGUGCCAUUUAUAGUUUUAUCGUCAGUUGAAGUACUAAUGAAGAAUAAUGAUAAUCAGCUACCACUAAUAAUUAUGCUAUUCAGUCUUCUAAUAUUUUACUUAAUUGAACUAAGAGAUAGUCCAUUAAACAUGUCAACAACCAGUGGAAAUGGUAUAUUUAGACUAUUUGAAUCUCCUAAAAGCUCACUAUUAGCUGCAAAUAACAGUAGCCAAAAGAAACAGAAAUCAAAAGAAAAUUUAUUGAUGUUGUACCAAACUACUAAAUGUGCUAUGGCAGUAAAGAAAAAAGUUCAAAAAAUUCGAAAAGAUAAACUAUCUACAGCUGAAAUCAAAUCUGAGCCCAUUGAGGUGAUUGAAAUAUUUGAUGAUUGAAAUAUGGCUAGUAACUGUUAUAAGUUAUAUUUAUUUAUUAUAUAUUUUAUGUAAA